AUGAGCCAUUUGCAGAACUUACUGUUAGAUUCCCUCCUGGGCACCAAGCAUGUGGACAGCGCGGCCCUCAUCCAACUCCAGGAGCGGAGCCUGUGUGUAGCAUCACCAGGGUUUACUGUGAUGCCCAGUGACGUCCGGACCCUUGUGAAUGGAUUCGCCAAGAACCCGCUGCAAGCCCGAAGAGAAGGACUGUAUUUCAUGGACAAGGACUACAAAUGUGUCCGGGCAGAUGAGUAUUCUCUUUAUGCUAAGAAUGAAAACACUGGUGUGAUUGUCGUGAAGACCGGUCUGUAUCUUCUGGUGGCGACUUACACUGAGGGCAUGUAUCCCAGUGUCUGUGUGGAAGCCACGGAGAAGCUGGGGGAAUAUCUAAGAAGAAAAGGAAAUUGA